GGGGGGGGGACAACGUCAUCUCGACCGGAGAAGAGAGAGAGAGAGAGCUUCGUUCACACCACCACCCAUUUUUCUACUGAUGCACGACUCGCGUGAAAAAUGGGCAGCUCAUUUGCUCAGCGCCUUUUUUGAGUCCAGUCUCUUUUCUUCGAAUCACGAUCGCCUCUCUCUCGCUCUCCCUCUUGGAGGGAAAUGGGAUGACAUGGGCUUGUUCACAUCGACCAAGAUCCUCGGCUUUGCUUUAGUGCUCCUGUGUAUGUCGGUGCCGGCGGAUUCGUCAGAUGUGAAUUGCGAGAACGUUUACAAGGACUUUUCCGACUGUGUCCUGGAACUGGGGGAGAGCAUGGACAACUAUCAGGAAAACGUGACCAGCGAGAGGGGAGUGGCUGCCGUGUGCAGCCAUUGGGAAGCUUUCCACACGUGCGCCCUGACGGCGUUGUCCGACUGCCAGCAGGAGGUCAGCUCCAUUUGGGAGACUCUGAGACAGGACUCCAGAAAGAUGCGCUUCCAGGGAAGCUUGUUUGACCUGUGUAGCCCCAGUUCAUCUCCAAGCACGAGCUCGCCUGUCGCCGCGCUGACCUUGCCUCUCGCGGCCGCGUUGCUCACCGCCGGGGCCGGGCCCGGAUGGCCCUUCAUGUAAAGGCGCUCGGUCGCCGAGGAGCGACGCUGGUUUCUACCGAUAUCAAUCUUCCCUAAAGCCAAGGAAAACCACGUGAAUUAUUUAGACGCUAGUAUUUGUUGAUCUGUCUUGGAAGGCAAACGCAGAUUUUUCCCAUAUUAUUAUUAAAAGUCCAACUGAGGAGGUUUUAAAGCAAUGCUUUGGUAAAUUCGCUUUUAAGACACCAUGUAUUACGUUAAGUUUUGCCAAGCUAAAGUGUUCAGAGUCUGUCAAUUGCUUCUCGUACUCUAUGCUCAAUAUGACAUUAUCCACAACAGAUGGUUAGCUUAGCUGACUGAAUGCUUAAAAUAAAUAAAGGCGUAUAGUUCAUUGAAACAAAUAUUAGAAAUUGGCCUGUAAUUGUAGGUCAGUGCUUCAAAGUUGAGGCCCGCAGAGAAUGUUCACCACCUAUCGUUCCCAACUUUUCUUAUCAUACUGAGAUGGUAGUAACACCAGUACGGUAAAACUCCUUUAUGCUAACCAUCUUGUUUUAGCAUUGUCGUGCAAUGCUGCCUGUCACAGCUUCAGGAAAUGAGCCCGUUUUUAACAACGAUUGCUCAUUUACACAGCAUCUUCCUAAAGUGAAAUCCACAAUUCUGUUCAUUUCCUGUGAAUUUACACGUUCUCAAUGGAUUAGCCUUAACGUAUCACAGUACUGACAUGCUUUUACAGUCUAGUCAUGACAAUCAAGCUUUUUGUAACACUACCAUCUAAUUCCAUCCAUACAGUAGGUGUUCUACGCUCCCAUUGAAGAUUUUCUGCAUGCUUAUUGUUCUCUAGCUCUUUACAAAGACGAGUCAAAUAUUUAUCGUGAUACUCAAAGCAAUAGCAGCUGCUUUUGUAACGCAACGGUAUUUUCAAAAUACAAUUUUUGAUAUAAUAAAAGCUGUAGUACUUUCAAUACAUUCAUCGCAAGAUUUGAAAUGGGACCAAAACAAUAAAAUCAUAGGUUUCUCCAUUGAAAUAUUGGAUUUGAUAACUCAUUUAAGUGUUCACAUCGGCUCCAUAAACAAAUCCGCUCCAUAAACUGCUACAGGCGUCGUUAUAAUUAGGACGUUUGCAUAUAUAGAUCCAGACACCAACCAAUUGUCUCAUGGUAUCCCCCCUUUCCAAUGUCCACGGGAUUUCUAUACGUACCAACAGUUGAUCUUUGUCUUUUUUUCCCUCUUGUCAUAGAGAUGCAUGACGGUGUUGUGAUCGUGGCGUUUGAUCUGAGAGCGCAUGAAAAUAUAGCCCAUUCUCACGUCCUUCCCUUCUAUCGGCAUGAUCCGUCUGGUUUCUAUUUGCGAAUGUUACGCAGGUGCUAGCAUGAUGUCAUCCGUUGUAUGUAAGCAAUAGCGACAACUCCAAUUGUCCUCGAGCAUGAACAUUAUGUGAGGACUCAUGUCAUCAUUGAAAUGCUUUGAUUUGAAUUUAGGAAAAACUUUGAAUGUAAAACCAAGUCCGAUGUCUACGGUCUGUUUUUCUUUGCUACCAGAAAAGUGUCAAAGCUACAAGCAAUUCAUAGCAAAGUCACGUGUUUCUAAUAAAGCACCAGCACCCAACCGUA